UCCACCAUUUCAAUUUUUCUGGCAGCUCAGCUCUAAUGUAAAAGUCCUCUCAACCCUAUCUUCACCUUCCCUCUGCUGCACAAAUUCACUCCUUAAUCAGCAUAUAAACAAUUCGCCUAUAUAUAUGGUAAUCUGCAAAAUUCGUUUCAUUUCGAAUGUUGCCAAUAAACCCUAGUUCAAUUUUCGCCCUCCCAAAAAAGCAGCCGACAUUCCAAAUUUUCUCCCCUCCUCGUCCUCCACCGACAACCGCCUUUCGGUGUCGUGCGACGGCCAAGAGCACGUUCCCGCUGUGGUGGUUUAAUUUUCCUGCCGCUGCCGUUUCCGACGCUGCUGGCAGAAUUGGCCAAAGACUGUCGGAUAAUAUUGGUGCUACCACUACAAGCAAUAAUAAUAGCAAGAACACGAAAAUCAAUGCGAAAGAGAAGUGGUCGCGUGACCGUGAGAGCUACUUGACUGACGAUGCAGAUGCCCUGCCUCUGCCGAUGACCCACCCGAACUCCUCACCUGUGCAGCCGGAGGAAAUCGACAAGAGGCUCCAGUGCGAUCCAGUGAUAGAGGAUUGCAAGCCAAUGGUUUAUGAAUGGACUGGAAAAUGUCGGAGCUGCCAAGGAACCGGACUGGUCAGCUAUUAUAACAAAAGAGGGAAGGACACCAUAUGCAAAUGCAUACCUUGUAUGGGCAUUGGAUAUGUGCAAAAGAUAACAGCACGCUGCGAUAUUGAUGUGAUGGAGGACUUGGAUGAUGACACGUUUUGCUGUAAAUUUCAUACAUUGGGGAAAUAAUAUGCCCGUUUCGCUGUCAAUUGAACAUGUUGGGCAUAUUAUAUGCCACUCUCCAACAUGUGCAGAGGCUAUCUGAUUUUAUCUGUGGAUCACAUUACAAGAUACCUCAAGAAUUAUCUGCUCCAUGUUUCCUAUGUUGGCAGUGGCUAUCAAAGAGUCCAGCUAAAGCGGUAAAAUGGUCUGGUUCAUAUUUGUUAUGGGUCGGCUCGGCUGCCACAGAGAGAAGGUUCAAGGGCAGAUUUACACCUUGAAUCAUGGAUAAUCUUGAUAAGGCAAGUCUACAGACUGAAGAAGGUAAUAAAGGAAGUCCUUUAAACCAAGUCUCUACGCAACUAUGUAUAGGUAAGGAAGAGCAUUUGGAGUAACAGAGUUGGAGACGAGUCCACUUGUGCACAAAUUGAUUGGUAGAACUUAAAUUUAUUCAGAAUCCGUGUUCUUGGCAUUGUUUGCUAGAUAAAAUACAAUAUAGUACCCUGCCAAUAGGAGUUUGACAUUGCAUUUUAAUCAUUAGAAAUUCAAGUUCA